AUGUUUCACUACGAACCACUUGACCCCAAGGCGGACUCACUGCGCAUUCUCACGCUGCUGCCACGUUCCAAAGGAUCAGUCGCAUGCACACUAGAGAAUAGGACCUUCCGGAGCAAGCCCGAAUUUGAGGCUCUCUCCUAUACCUGGGGCACAAAGCCUGAAUCAACACACAUAACCAUCAACGGGGAGCUCUUCCCCGUGCGCGAGAACCUCUACAAUGCGCUUAAGAGUCUCCAGACUGGCAAGCCCCGUGCGCUGUGGGUGGACGCCGUCUGCAUCAACCAGAAGGACAUGGCAGAGCGCAAUGCCCAGGUCAGUCUGAUGGCCUUCAUUUAUACUCGUGCGCAGAGGGUGCUGGCGUGGCUUGGGCCUUGGGCCGAGACGGUGCAGAACGACUAUUUCUCGGACCAGAACUGGUAUGUCUUCUCCCACAACUCCUACUGGAGGCGCCUUUGGAUCAUCCAGGAGCUGGUGUUAGCGCCAGAGGUGCGAUUCUACCUGGGACGGUACGAGUUCGGAUGGGACAUGGUGACGAGCACCCAAAACCCCGAAUGGCGAGCUUUGGAGGGCCGGAGCGAUGCGAUACACCGGUUUCGAGAGAAGCGGUACACGAGCGCGCAGCGUCUGGAGAACCUCAUUGAGGUAUUUAGGAAGGCAGAGUGCACUGAAAAACGGGAUAAGAUCUAUGGACUGCUUGGAAUGGUGCUUGAUGGCUCGGAUUCGGCCAUCAGGGUUGAUUAUGGGAUUGGAUUCGCCCAACUCUAUGCCCAGGUGAUUGACUUCCACCAAACAUCAGACGCAUCGCGCGACAGCCCUUUCCCAAACGAUGUUGAUCGAGCUGUUAAGCUCAUCAGGUUCAGCCAGCUUCUUCAAAAUGUCUUCGAGGGUGAAGUGGCCAAGGAAGUGAACAGCUCUCUCGAUGUUGCUUGGUCAGGGUUAUUCUACACAGCACGAGCUUAUAUUGCCGGAGAGAUCCUCAAAAUUGGACCUACCCCCUCAGAGGUGGCAUCAUCUAUUAGAGCCGACAAAUCUUGGAGGCUCUCAUUCUCUCGCGUGUUCAAAGAGCUAGAGGAGCAGCAGAAAGCUCGGAGGGACUAUGAAGCCUUUUCAAAGAGUAUGCUCGACUGGAGCGAGAGCUACUUGGCAGGGAUCAAGAAGCUUGACUCACACUCAUCUUACGGCUUUCAAUUUGUUGAUCCUGGACCAAGUCCCUUAAACGAGCAGGAAAAUACGGAUGCUGAGGACAAACUGACGGACUCUGAGGCAAGACUUGCACUUGGAGACGGUGGAAUUGUUGGCGUGGUUCCAGGAGAUGCGCAAGAAGGGGACUACGUUUGCACCUUUCUUGGCUGCGACGUCGCGGUUGUAGUCCGUAAAUUGGAAACAGCAGCGGAUCGAUUCCUCGUGCUGGGGCCAGCGAGAAUCCAACAGGAGCAGAGUGAGUGGCAGACCGAAGAAGACGACGAUGUCGAGUGGCAGACUGAAGAAGACGACGAUAUUGAGACAGCAAUUGCGUAUGAUAUGAAGGGGUUGAAGAUUAAGAAGGGUAGCUCUUCGCCCUUCCUGUCUGAUGCUGGUAUCAAUUUGAGGCUAGAUCUCAGAAGUCUCCAGAAGUUGACUUCAAAUUCUUGA